UUGUGCAUUGACACAUGAUCAAAUACAAAGUACAUUUUUCUGUUUAUUUCUCACAGCCCUUAACACUACAUGUAACAACCUUGAUGAGUUUGAGUGUGGAAAUGGAGAUUGUAUUAACUACACGCUGACUUGUGAUGGCAUGGCCCACUGCAAAGACAAGUCUGAUGAGAAACAGUCCUACCUGUGCCAACCGGGUGUGCAAGAAGGGUUACAGACGCUGUGUAAACAGCCGCUGUGUGGGGCACAGCUCCUGUGCAACGGGCAGGACGACUGCGGGGACAAUUCUGACGAAGUCUUCUGUAACGCCACACUGUGCACAGUUGAUCAAGUUCAGUGCAGAAGUGGAGGCUGCAUCUCCAACUCCAGCAAGUGUAACCAGAAAGUGGACUGUGAAGAUGCCAGUGAUGAGAUGAACUGCACUGCUACGGACUGCUCCAGCUACUUCCAUCUUGGAGUGAAGGGAGUGACAUUUCAGAAGUGCGAGUUCACCACACUCUGCUAUGCCUCUUCAUGGAUGUGUGACGGAGCUAAUGACUGUGGAGACUUCUCAGAUGAAAGGAAUUGCCCAGGGAGCAGGAAAACCAAGUGUCCAAUGCAUUUCUUCACAUGUCCUAGUGGACGUUGUAUCCCUUUGAGCUGGACCUGCGAUAAGGAGAAUGACUGUGAGAACGGUGCAGACGAGGCUAACUGUGAUAAGUUCUGCUCAGCCACUCAGUUUGAGUGUGGGAACCAUCGCUGCAUUCCCAACCGCUGGGUGUGUGAUGGAGCCGACGACUGUGGAGACAGCAGUGACGAGGACAGCAAGUGCAAAACCAAAACCUGCAGUCCUGAGGCGUUCCAAUGUCCUGGAUCACACAUGUGUAUCCCUCAGCGUUGGAAGUGUGACGGAGACAAAGACUGUCCUGAUGGGGCUGACGAGAGCGUGAAAGCCGGAUGUGUGUUCAACGACACGUGCAGCAGCAACGAGUUCAUGUGCCAGAACCGACAGUGUAUCCCCAAGCACUUUGUGUGCGACCAUGACAACGACUGCAGCGAUGGCUCAGAUGAGUCCCAGGAGUGUGAAUAUCCGACAUGUAGACCCAGCGAGUUCCGCUGUGCCAACGGACGCUGCCUCAUCCAGAGUUCAUGGGAGUGUGACGGAGACUUUGACUGCCAUGACCACUCUGAUGAAGCCCCCAAGAACCCACACUGCAACGGCCCAGAGAAGAAAUGCAACGACACUGGAUACGCUUGCAACAAUGGGAACUGUAUCAAUGAGACAUUGCUCUGUGACCAUAAGGACGACUGUGGCGAUGGCUCCGAUGAGCUGAACUGUUUCGUUAACGAGUGCCUGAACAGCAAACUGAGCGGCUGCUCCCAGCUCUGUGAAGACCUUAAAAUAGGCUUUAAGUGUAGAUGCCAUCCUGGCUUCCGUCUGAAAGAUGACGGGAAGACUUGUGUCGACAUAGAUGAGUGCACAACCACCUAUCCCUGCACGCAGCGCUGCAUCAACACACACGGCAGCUUCCACUGUCUGUGUGUGGAGGGUUUCCAGCUUAGCCCUGAAAACCCCACCAUAUGCAAAUCCACCUCUGAUGAAGAACCCUUCCUGAUAUUUGCCAACCGCUACUAUCUGAGGAGGCUCAAUUUAGACGGCUCCAACUACACACUUCUCAAACAGGGCUUGAACAAUGCUGUGGCUCUGGAUUUCGACGUUCGCGAGGAGAGGAUUUAUUGGACAGAUGUGACCACCCAGGGCAGCAUGAUCCGGCGCAUGCACAUCAACGGCAGUGACGUACAGGUCCUUCAUCGCACAUCGCUAAGUAACCCAGACGGUCUGGCAGUGGAUUGGGUCGGGGGAAACCUGUACUGGUGUGAUAAGGGACGGGACACAAUUGAGGUGUCAAAGCUGAACGGAGCGUACCGGACAGUUCUGGUCAACAGCGGCCUGAGAGAGCCCCGCGCUGUGGCUGUGGACGUGCGCUAUGGGUACCUGUACUGGUCAGACUGGGGAGACACGCCCCACAUAGGAAGGAUCGGGAUGGAUGGCUCUAACAGGAGUGCCAUUAUAGAGGAUAAGAUCACAUGGCCCAAUGGCCUCACACUGGACUUUAUUAAUGACCGCAUCUACUGGGCUGAUGCUCGGGAGGACUACAUCGCAUUUGCCAGUCUGGAUGGGUCCAACAGACACACAGUUCUAGUUCAGGAUAUUCCCCACAUCUUUGCUAUGACUCUUUUUGAGGAGUACAUCUACUGGACAGACUGGGAGACAAAGUCCAUCAACAGAUGUCAUAAAACUCUGGGAAUCAACAAGACCGUCCUGAUCAGUACCUUACACAGACCGAUGGACGUCCACAUUUACCACCCGUACCGCCAGCCUGAAGUGGUCGGCCACCCCUGCCAAGAUAACAAUGGAGGCUGCAGUAACCUGUGUCUGCUCUCACCUGGAGGGGGCUACAAGUGUGCCUGCCCCACCAACUUUUACCUAGCAGCCGAUGGCAAACAGUGCUUGUCUAACUGCACCGCAAGUCAGUUUGUUUGCAAAAAUGACAAGUGCAUUCCCUUCUGGUGGAAGUGUGACACUGAGGAUGACUGCGGGGACCGCUCAGACGAGCCUGCAGACUGCCCUGAGUUUAAAUGCCGACCGGGCCAGUUCCAGUGUGGGACGGGCAUCUGCACCAACCCGGCCUACAUCUGUGACGGGGACAAUGACUGCCAAGAUAACUCUGAUGAGGCCAAUUGCGACAUCCAUGUGUGCCUGCCAAGUCAGUUUAAAUGUACCCACCCCAGUCGCUGCAUCCCGGGCAUCUUCCGUUGCAACGGACAGGACAACUGUGGAGAGGGAGAGGAUGAGAAGGACUGUCCGGAAGUGACGUGUGCCCCCAACCAGUUCCAGUGUGCCAUCACCAAGCGCUGUAUCCCACGGGUGUGGGUGUGUGACAGGGACAAUGACUGCGUGGACGGAUCUGAUGAGCCUGCCAACUGCACUCAGAUGACAUGUGGUGUGGAUGAGUUCCGCUGUAAGGACUCGGGGCGCUGCAUCCCGGCCCGCUGGAAGUGUGACGGAGAGGAUGACUGUGGAGACGCCUCGGAUGAACCCAAAGAAGAGUGUGAUGAGCGUACAUGUGAGCCAUACCAGUUCCGCUGUAAAAACAACCGCUGUGUGCCUGGCCGGUGGCAAUGCGACUACGACAACGACUGUGGGGACAACUCUGAUGAAGACAAGUGUGUGCCUCGUAAGUGUUCGGAAAGCGAGUUCUCAUGCACAAAUGGCCGCUGCAUUGCCGGCCGCUGGAAGUGUGAUGGAGACCACGACUGUGCUGACGGUUCAGAUGAGAAUGGCUGUGAUGUGAAGUGUGACAGUGAUCAGUUCCAGUGCAAAAAUGGCCAUUGCAUAGCCAUCCGCUGGCGCUGCGAUGCUGAUGUUGACUGUUUGGAUGGCAGCGAUGAGGAGAAAUGUGACACUGGAGUGGGUAGACACUGCCCCCUGGACGAGUUCCAGUGCAACAACACCCUUUGUAAACCCCUGGGCUGGAAGUGUGACGGCGAGGACGACUGUGGAGACAACUCAGAUGAGAAUCCAGAGGAGUGUGUUAAAUUCCAGUGCCCCCCAAGAAGGCAGUUCCGCUGUCAUAACGAUCGCGUGUGUCUACCUUUAUCAAAACGCUGUGAUACUGUCAACAACUGUGGGGACAACAGCGAUGAAGUCAACUGCCCAUCGACUCCUUCCAGACCAGUGUGUCAGAAAGAUGAGUUCCAGUGCUCUAGUGGUCUCUGCAUCAGCUCUGUCCUGCGCUGCAACUACUUCAAUGACUGCGAGGACUAUGGUUCUGAUGAAAUCAACUGCAAUAAGAAAGACACGGUGCUGAAUGACUGCCGCAGUAACAGGACAGUGUGUGGAGAUGGAGAUGAAGCUCAUUGCGUGGUGAACGGCACCGACUCUUUCUGCACCUGCAAACCAGGCUUCCAGUCCAAUGGACGUAACCGCUGUGAAGAUAAGAACGAGUGCAAGCAGUUUGGUGUGUGUUCCCACAUCUGCAACAACACUAAGGGUUCCCACAAGUGUAUCUGCCACAAACACUUUGCCAGAAUCAAUGACACCUGCAAGGCUGAUGCUCCGAGACAAGUGCUCUACAUCGCUGACGACAGCGAGAUCCGCAGCCUGGACCCUUCCAUGCCAAACUGGCGCUAUGAGCAGGUCUUCCAGGGCGAUGCCAACGUGCGCAUUGAUGCCAUGGACCUGCAUAUCAAGUCAAACCGCAUUUACUGGACAAACUGGCACACAGGACGGAUUUCCUCCUAUGAUUUGCCUUCUUCCUCCUCCUCCCCAAAUAGCAACCGUAACCGACGCCAAAGUGAGUCGAGGGUCACAAACGUGGAGAUCCCGGAUCUGAAGAUGCCCCGUGGCAUUGCUGUGGACUGGGUGGCAGGGAACUUAUACUGGACUGACUCUGGCAGAGACGUCAUCGAGGUGGCCCAGAUAAGUGGAGGACGCCACCGCAAAACGCUCAUCUCCGGCAUGAUCGAUGAGCCUUACGCCAUUGUGGUCGACCCCCAGAGAGGGAAAAUGUACUGGGCCGACUGGGGGAAUCAUCCCAAGAUUGAAACGGCUGCAAUGGACGGAACAAUGAGGGAGACGCUGGUGGAAGAAAACAUCCAGUGGCCAACUGGUCUAGCGGUGGACUACUUCAACGAACGUCUGUUCUGGGCUGAUGCUAAACUCUCGUUGAUCUGCAGUGUGAGGCUGAAUGGCAGCGAUGUUGUUGUGGCUGUAAACGGCAAUAAGAACAUGCUCCAUCACCCCUUCAGCAUCGAUAUCUUUGAGGACUACAUCUAUGGCGUCACCUACAUCAACAACUACGUCUUCAGAGUGAAUAAGUUUGGCAAAGGCCCCAUUGAGAACCUGACAACUGGAAUGAACCACGCCACAGAUAUAGCUUUGUACCACCGCUACAAGCAACCUGAGGUGCCUAAUCCCUGCGACAGGAAGAAAUGUGAAUGGCUGUGUCUGCUGAGCCCCAGCGGACCAGUCUGCAUCUGUCCCAACGGACGCACACUGGACAACGGCACAUGUGUGGAGCUGCCCACUCCCACCCUGUCUCCUAUCUCUCCUCCUAGUGGCCCCUGCUUGGUCCAGUGUCUGAACGGUGGCAGCUGUACCCUGAAUGCCCACAAGCAGCCCAAAUGUCGCUGCCAGCCUAACUAUGGAGGAGAAAGAUGUGAGAUAGACCAGUGCAGGGACUUCUGCAAGAAUGGAGGCACAUGCACACCUUCCCAUACAGGUUCUCCUACAUGUCGGUGCCUGAAAGGCUUUACAGGGCCAAACUGUAACCUGCACACCUGUAGGGAUUACUGCAACAAUGGAGGCAACUGUACAGUUAGUGCCGGAAACCAGCCGACCUGCAGCUGCCCAACUGACUUCCUGGGUGACCAGUGCCAGUACAGAAGCUGUGAGGGCCACUGCCUGAACAAAGGCACAUGUCUUCAGAGUGAAAGUGGCUCCAAAUUGUGCCGCUGUCUGCCUCAGUACAGUGGCAGCACAUGUGAGGUGGACAGGUGUCACUAUUGUCGCGACGGUGAUUGUAUCCCCAGCAACGGGUUUACAUCUACAGGAGACUUCACGUGCCGCUGCACAGAUGGAAGAGUCCAGCCCAGCUGUUACACAUGUGAUACAAAUGAGUACUGUGCUAAUGGACAGUGCUCUAUAAACACCAUCACACGCCUACCAGAGUGCAGAUGUUCACCUGGGUGGGCGGGGCAUCGCUGUGAGUCCAUAUCCAGCAGUGACAGUUCCUCAGGUUCAGGUGGACGCACAGCCUCCAUAGUGAUACCCGUGCUGCUGCUGUUGCUACUGAUUCUGCUGGCUGCAGGAGCGUUGUUCUGGUAUAGAAGAAGGAUGAGAGGGUCUAGUCGGCUCAGCAAAACCGGCUCCAGACGCUUGCGGGCUAAGGGCUUCCAGCACCAAAGGAUGACAAACGGAGCAAUGAAUGUUGAAAUUGGAAACCCCGCCUACAAGAUCUACGAGGGCGAGCCAGAAGACGAUGCUGGGGAGCUGCUAGACGCAGACUUCACGCUGGACCCAGACAAGCCCACCAACUUCACAAACCCAGUAUAUGCCACUCUGUACAUGGGAGCACACAACAGCCGCAACUCUCUGGCCAGCACAGACGAGAAGAAGGAGUUGCUAUCACGUGGAGAUGAGGAGCCCCUUGUGGACCCCCUGACAUAAACUGUCCAUUGGCCUGGAUCACGCUAUUCCAAACAAACCCAUCUUCUUACCUUUUAAAGAAAAACAAAACAAAACAAAAAAAUCGAUAAAAAGUGUGAGAGAAAAUUGACAAAAAGUGUGAACACUGUAUACAAUGUACAAAAAUGAAGGACUACUUUUGUAUGUGAUUGCAGUAUUAUAUUUUGUUCUUUUGAGAUUCCUCUGGUCAAAAAUGAAUAACAUUUUCUAUGAGAGAUUUUUAAUUUACACUUUGUCCCUUACCCUUUACCUAAAUAGCCACUACCUCUGUGCAAAAUGAAAUGGAAACAAGAAAAUCAGAAGAAAAGAUGCUAUCAUUGGAGCAAUUUUAAUUUUUUAUUUUUGUAUGAAUUGUAUAGAAAAGAAAAAACAUUGUUCCAUGUCACCAGUGCCAACUGUUUGUCGUUUGUGUUGACUUUGAGUGGGAAAGGCAAAACUCAAAGUUCUCUAAAUCGGUACAUAUGUUGUCUUGCUAGAGUUUUUUAGCAAGAUUGUGUGAGACAGAUUUGUGAUAGCACCGUUUGUGUAUAGCACAUGUAAAAUGUCAAUACCAGAUGGCAACUACAGUGUUUCCACAUAUUUUCUUCUCUGAGAACAAUGUCCAUGAAAUGAUUGUCUUCCUUGCACAGAAUCCAUAUGCUACGGUAUAGCGUAUACUGUUGGCUUUAAGAUGUAAAACAGGUAUGUUUGUUUUUAUCACAUUUUAUGUCAGCUAGAGCUCAUGUGUUGCUAUAGCGCGAGAUCGAGAGGCGUUUGGUGUGUGCUUAUGGAGAUGGACAGUGAGGAAGUUGGUAAUGGUUUGAACAUUCCAGACAAUGGUGGGUGGAGAUUACAGAUGUAAAGGGGUGGUAUGAAUGAAGGCCUUCUUGGGUGGGCAGUUUGCUGUGCUUAUGACAGGGGGGCCUUAGCAGAAACAAGACUGAUGGACUGUGUCAUUUCUGCACCAUUUAGUUGUGUCACAAGGCUCUUUAAAAGGAAAGGGAGACUGCAAUUAUGGUAAAAUCGAGAUGGGUCUUGUUUGUCUUUGUAUUUCUCCAGUCCAUUUUUUCUUUGGUGUGAAGACUAGAUGACAUCAAUCUGGCUAGUUGAUUUAUCUUUUUACCUUUAGAGGAUCAAGGUCUGUAGGUUCACAGCUUUUGUAAUGACUCAGUUUUAAGUGCAUUGUGUUCAUUUGGUCUUUCUAAUCUCUCACUCCUCUGUGCCCUGCUGCUGCUAAUGCUACCAUUCUGGUCGCUCUGACACGUCCUUACGCUCAGCCUGUCUCAAAAUGCUGCUUACUGUCAGCCAUAUCUUAAUGCAUGUGGAAAGUAACACCAAUCUUUAAUGUAAUUACAAUAACAACCUUUUACUUUGCUUACCUGUCAGCAAGUGAUAUUUUAUGCUGUUGUAUAUGUUUUGCCUUUAAUUGAGAGAGAAGUACAAUCAUUUUACCUAAAGAACAUUUUUGCAAAAUCAUACAUGCAUUUUCAGAAUGUUUUUGAUUAGUCCUUGUUUGUUUUUUUAAUGAAAAAUGACACAUAGCUUUUAUAGUACACAAUGCAUGGAGGCUCAGACUUUCUUCUGGAAAGAGAAUAAUGUUUAAUUUUUGUUGGAGUACUUUACAAACUAAAUAACAGAUAUUGUUAUAAAUAAAAAAAUAAAAAUUGUACAGAAAACAAGCAA